AUGUAUGAGGAUCGCAUGAGAUGGUUUUUGGAAGAGGAUAAUUGUGAUUCUAUCAAUGAGGGCGAAAACAAGAGUGAUUUUGAGGUUGAUAUAGAAAUGCAGCAAGUAAGAAAUGACAAAUUGCAGGAGAUAUUCCUGAAACCAGCCUCAGCGUCGUCGGUGCUUCUGGUGCAUCUAGGCGCUGUUGGAGCUCUGGCGAGUGGCGCAGCGCUGUGCUGGGGCGGAGGCAGCGGGGGCGCCUGCGCAUGCGGCGCAUUGUUACAUGCGCUGCAUCCGUUGCAGCUAUGGACCGUCUGCGGCCUACACGCCGAUCGCGCGGCCGCCAUCGCCGCGCCGUUGCACUAUGCUGCCAUUGUCUCUGCGAAGAAGGUGAUGAUCUGCGUAGCUAGCGGUUGGGUCGCAACUGCUGCGCUCCUAGCUCCUCUAGCCGCCGCCCAGCUCCCUUUAGCCUACAAUAUUGGUAUCGGAGGCUGCGUACCGGAUUGUGGCGCUGGCCCUGCUGCAUUAGCUUUUUGUCUAGUGUACGCUCUGCUCACGUUAAUAGUUCCAGCUGCGCUUGUCCUUGUAUGUAGCUUGAAGAUACUUCGAAUUGCUCGUUACCAUCGACAUAGAAUCGCAGCAGCCAUUUAUGAAGUUACGUUAUCAGCUCAAGUGACCGUUACCCAUCAGCGCAACCCUUUUGCUCCGCCGCCCCCGCCAAAACGACGAGCUCUCUCCGCCGUCCUACAGCCACUUGGAUCCCUGGCGAUACUCUACUUCCCAUAUUACUGCGUCUUAAUAUGGCCAGCCAUAUCAGUGCCACCACAGCCUUUGGCAGCUUUGUCAGCAGCUCUCUUGGCAGCUGCGCCACCAGUCAAUAGUAUUCUAUACGGAAUCAGAAGUCGGGCUCUUCGUGAUUCACUUCGGAACUAUAGAAGAAAACGAUUGACAAAAAGUGAGGUGACACAAGAAAUUCAGGCGCGAACACCUAGUGCUUGCGGGUCACGACGACCAUCUCUAUCCGCUGGCUCAGGCAGCAUACGGCCACUAACAACGAGACGACUCUCUGACGCAGCUGCAGUGGGCUCGAGAGGUUCAGAGCGUCCCGCACCGCGCGCCGCGUCUUGUAACGUGUUACAAGACUCGCAAGACGACGAACCGACCCGGCAACGAACGUCAGCUAUUCCUUUAAUACGUGCUCCACCCCAUGUUCUGCUGGGGCGAGCUUUGGGUCUUGAAGAUAAUCCUCGAGAUCGACGGCGACGGCAGUCUCCACGGAUUACGGUUACGCGAGCGAUGUCGGACGAAUGCGAAUCCCCUACGCGGCGGCCGCUAUGUCGGCAGCAUUCGCGAUCUAGCGGCGCACUCAUGAAUGGACUCUCGUGCUCACCCGCUGUUUCCGAAAACAUAAACCCAGAACGACCAGCAGACGAGCAGCUGCUACUCUCCUGGCCUCAGUACCAGGCUCACAGCAACAAACACAACGUCUUAUAAAAUGGGUAUUUAGAGUAGACGUAUUAAGUGUGGUUAUAGACAAUAAAUGUGCGGUUUGGAGGCGAGUACUGCGGUAUUUAUGGAUAUUUAUUUUUAUUAGCUUUUGUGCCCGAUCUUCACUCGACCUUUCCGACCAAACCGUGACCAAAUCUUGUACUGUUAGACGUAAUGAUUUCUCCUACAGGGUUCCUCCAUAUCGUUAGCUUUACCUACUGAAGUAUUAGUGUGUAUCUCUACUCUUAAAAUAAUUUUCGUAAUAUUCCAUAGGUUUAGAAGAGUUAUAUAAAAAUUGUUAUAUGGUUUUGUCUUUGUUAGUUUUUAUUAGAAAAUAAAGAAAGUUUUGCGUAGUUCUGUCUACAUGUGAGAUUUGCACCAAACUAGUCUCAAAGUAAAGAUAUUUAUUACUUAUUUGGUGUAAUUGGUACUUAUAAAACCUUGCAACGCUUUUAUUCAAUGCCGCCGUCCAAUUUGUGGAAUCUGUAAUUGUUUUAGUGAGACCAUUGCAGGGGAUUUAUGAAAUAAGUUCAACUGAUGCAUGUCGACUAAAGUGGGUAGAACAGUACGGUUAUUUAAGGUGUUUAAAAUUGCUUUUCUUACAAGAAAUCUCCGACAUAUAAAUUGAUGAAAAGAAUCCCUAUUAUAAAAUCUAGCUGCGUCUUCAUUGGCACUAGUAAUUUCGAUUC